CGUUAAACCAGACCCUCUCAAUCGAGCUGUGGUCACAUAAGCGUUGUGUCAAGGGGGCAAAACCAGCUACGCUUUGAAGAUGUUUCUAUCUUCUGCAUUUCGAUCUGCUGUUUCCCUAACGGCUAGGCAGGUCAGGAGCGUUCACCGGUCUGCCGCCAGAGCUGGAGCUGGGGGCAUCUUCGUGCACAGGGAUACCCCUGAAAACAACCCAGACACUCCCUUUGAGUUCACAGCGGAGAACCUGAAGAGGAUUGAUGCUAUCAUUAGUAUGUACCCAGAGGGCCACAAACAGGCCGCCACCAUCCCUGUGUUGGACCUGGCUCAGAGACAGCAUGGAUGGCUCCCCAUCUCAGCCAUGAACAAGGUGGCCGAGGUGCUUGAGGUCCCUCCGAUGAGGAUCUAUGAGGUAGCGACGUUCUACACCAUGUUCCUGAGGCAGCCGGUGGGCAAGUACCACAUCCAGAUCUGCACUACAACUCCCUGCAUGCUUUGCGACUCCGACAGCAUCCUGGAGGCCCUCCAGAACAAACUGGGCAUUAAGGUAGGAGGGAUGACGUCAGACAAGAUGUUCUCUCUAAUAGAGGUGGAGUGUCUCGGUGCCUGUGUUAACACUCCCAUGGUCCAGAUCAACGACAACUACUACGAAGACCUGAGUCCAAAAGACAUCGAUCAGAUCAUUGAUGAGCUGAAAGCUGGGAACGUCCCUCCGCCUGGGCCCAGGAACGGGCGUUUCUCCUGCGAGCCAGCAGGAGGACUGACGAGUCUGUCUGAGCCUCCCCCUGGACCUGGUUUCGGUGUCAGAGCUGAUCUAUAGAGACCUACAGUGUAUUUCAACAACUCCUUAGCCCCUAUAUAGUGCACUACCGAAGACCAUAGGGCUCCAGUUAAAAGUAAUGUAUCGGAUAAAAUAAAUAAAUAUAUAUAUAUAUACAUACAUACACACACAAUGUAUAAGAACCGUUCUGUUCAGGGGAACACCUAACUUCACAGUGGAAAUAAUAAUAAUAUUGUAAAUAAAAUGUCAAUGGGCGUCAGACUGUCUCCUUGUGUGUCAAUUUAGAUAAGACACGAUUUAUCUGUCUCAAAGAGAAAUCUAGGUCGACACCAAUUUGAUACAGUAUUUCUAUUAGAAAACGUUUACUACACCACACUCAACGACAUGCAGAUCAAGAAACUAUGAAUCAUUUAAAAGUCAGAAAAAAAAACUGCCGGAAAGAAUAGGAACUCAUAAGUGAAUUUUGUUCAAGUUGCCACAAGCCUCGCACAGAAAUGUAUUCUUAUUGAGAGCAUCAAUUGAUGAGGUAAAAUGCGUACAGUACCAGUCAAAAGUGGACACACCUAGUCAUUCCAGGGUUUUUCUUUGUUUUAAUAUGUUCUACAUUGUAGAAUAGAAGAAAAACUAUGAAAUAACACAUGGAAUCAUGAGUAUUACAUCAAAAUAUUUUUGAGAUUUUUCAAAGUAGCCACCAUUUGGCUUAAUGACAACUUUGCACACUCUUGGCAUUCUCUCAACCAGCUUCACGAGGUAGUCACCUGGAAUGCAUUUCAAUUAACAGGUGUGCCUUGUUUGAGCCAAUCAGUUGUGCUGUGACAAGGUAGGGGUGGUAUACAGAAAGAUAUCCCUAUUUGGUAAGACCAAAGCUGUGUUUGAAUACUCAUACUAACUUCCCUAAUGCUACUAUUUGUGAAGUGAAUUGAGUAUAUAGUAUACUUAUUGGUCAUAGUUUAGUAUGCCAAAAGCUCCCGGAUGACGUACUAAAUUCGCCAAAAUACUAAGUAUACGUGCAGUGGACACUAUUUACUUGCUUAUAGGACCCUUAAUGCAAUUAUUCAGAAAAUGGGCGUGGCUUCAGGUUUUUAGAUUAGAUUAAAAAUGGUGGAAAAUAUGCAGCCAAAGUCAGACACAAAUUCAUUGCUCAUAACAUAUGUUAAGAAAAUUGAAAUAUGUAAUAAAGUAAUGCCUUUUCAAAUACGUUA